CACCAUUGUUAUUGUUCUAUCUUCUUACAUGUCUAGGGUUUUCAGAUCUUUCCCUCUUUCAUCACCAAACAAACCCAUUCAGGACGUGUCUGAAGUCUGCCUGCUGAUGUGUAUUAGUUCUCUGUAGACGCUGCUCAACAGUUGAAGAAUUGCACACUACGUUAAUGUUGGCCUCAAACGCUGUAUUGCACAUGAGGUUAUUGUUUUGUAGUAUUUUGCCAAUUGGGGUUUUCAAGGGGGAAUAGUUCUCUUUAGCCAUCAUAUCACUAUGUUUUGCAAGAUGAAUGGCUUAAUCUAUAUUGAGGUGCGUCUGCGGAAUUGAUAAUUUUCAGUUGAAUAUUCCUAAGUGUAUUCCUCUGAGGGUAUUUAUUCAGGUUCCCUAGGUGAUUCUGUCGUUUUAUGCUAAAUAACAGAUAAGAUUGCCAAAUACAGGUUUCUCGUGCAGACCAUGAACCCAAGACUCCUGUACUCUUCUUGGAGUAGAUAAAUUCAGGGUUUCCAUAUCUCCCGAGUUAAAUUGAUGUCUAAGUAAGCAUUUUGUUGUUUGAUUCACUAUCUGAGAUGGUUAAGACAUCAUAUAUUUGUACUGUUCUGUGAGGUUGUUCCUUGGAAUAAACAACUAUUUCACCGUGUGAAGAAGUUUGUCUGUAAAUGCUGGUUUCUUGUUAGUUUGAACCGAUAAUUGAACUUCAAGAAUGGAUGUUCCUGUGAAGAAACCUCAGGUUAAUGGGCCGAAAACCUUAAUCAGUGAUGACAUUUUGGCUAAGAGGCUAAAAAAUCGGGAGCGUCAACGCAGAUAUAGAGAAAGGAAACGUCUUAAAGCUGAUAAUAUGAAGGUGUUGGGCACAAACCAACUAGUUUCAUUGCCAGUGGGGGUGCCCAUGAUUGUUUCUCCCCGGGAUAGUACACUGCUGGUGAAUGUCGCUCCUCUGGACUCUUCGGUUCCAGUGGAAGUUGCUCCGCUGGACACUUCAAUGCCAGUGAAUGUUGCUCCCCGGGCAUAUGUAAAGCCAGUGGAUGUUUCUUCCCGAGAGUCUGUCACCCGUGUUUACUCCGGGCGAAAUUGGAAAAGGGAUGCCCGAAAGGCCCAUGUUGCCAGGCAGAAUGAAGUUAGUACUAAUAAUAUGGUUUCAUCAGAUUUAGCUUCAACUGGUGGAGGUCAAGCAACAUUAUUACCCCACGUUGAACAGUCAGAUGUCGCAAUGAGUAAUGUUAUUUCUUCACCUGUGACUGCAUCGGAAAAUCACGGAACACCCAAAUCUAUUCCCAGCAGAAGAAAUUGGAAAGCAGAAGCUAGAAAUAAGAAGAGCUGAAAUUGUUGACAAUAAGUUAAGGUCAAGUAUGUCACUGAACAUUAUCAAUUGUUAGCAGCCUUGUUGCAAUAUCAUUAUGUACAACAUUGGAAGGACGGAUGAACUUCGGAUGAUAUUAUAUCGGAUGCCCGACUUACAUGGCUCUUAAUUUUUUGCUUCUGUUCAAACAAGUGAGAAGAUCCUGACCAUUGCUAAUGUCCAGGUUUUGUCAGGUAUGAAAUUUAGGUUUUAGAGUAACUUUAGGAUACUUUUUUUCUGCUAGAACUUUAGUGGUUGGGACUUACUUUCUUCCAACGAAACGAAUCUUCAUAUGUUUCAUGAGACUCUUGACCAUGUGUUUCUGUACAUAUCUGUUGUAUGUGGAUAACUCCACUUGUGGGAUUACACUAGAUAUGUUGUUUUUUGUAUCUGUUGUAUGUGGAUCGAUCAUCCCUAGUCCGAUUUGUCAUUCAAGAAGAAACUAUCUUUCAUGAUUUGUUGCAUUCUUUGGUUAUCUGUUCAAGAAACAUUUCAGAGUUUGAAUUUUGCAUAUGGUUCUGAGUUUGAUUAAGGGAAGUAUUUAUUGAUUA